CUUAGGCAUGUCACGUGACCGCGUGACAUCACGAGGCCCUUACGGCGCAUGGGAUUGAGACAUUCCCGAUGGGAAUUUGCCCACUCUGUGCUUUAUCUGACGCGGGGUACAAAGGGGCGGCGUGUGGAGAUUGUUCACACAUCACUUCUGGAUUAGACUUUGGUGCCAUUUGAACAAUGGAAAUCCUUCGAAAACUAAAUGAGCUUGACUGCAGUCGGUGCAGUUUUCACGGUGCAGACUAUAAGAGUGUCCAGAUCCAUAUGGGAACUAUACAUCCAGAAUUUUGUGAAGAAAUUGAUACUGGUGGUUUGGGAAAACUGGUAUUUUACCAGAAGAGUGCAAGAUUGUUCCACUGUCACAGAUGUUUUUUCACAAGCAAAGUGUUCUCGAAUGUGUAUUACCAUAUCUUGGGUCAGCACGCAGAACCUGACAAGUCAAUCAAUAAAUUAAAACCCAUUUUAAAGCCUAAAUCAGAAAAAAGCUUUGAAAGAAACGAUUCUGAAAGUAUGGUCAGUGAAGAUGAAAAAUCUAUAGAUGAGAAAUUCAAGUUGAAAGAAGUAAAAUCUGAAGAAAAUGACACGCUUACUUCUUGGCCAGAAAACGUGCCAUGCCAGGUAACCCAAGAUAGUUCUGACAUUGAACUUAAAAGCAGCAGUAGCAGCAGCAUGGAGAAGAAGGCAAGAGCCAUCUUCCCGGAAACUAAAGACUCUAGCUGUGACCCUGAAUCUAGCAGCAGUAGUGAUAACAUUAGCACAGAGAAGUCUGCACACGCAAAUUUGGGGGUUGAGUUUUCUGAUGUUGCUUCUUCACCUUCAAAAGAUAUACCUGAGUUUUCUGAUGAAGACUAUGGACCUGCCCUGCCUGGUGGCCUACCACAUUUUUCUGAUGAAGAAACUGUAACUCAAUCAAAAGAUGUUCAGGAGUCUUCAGAAGAUGAUGUCUUACCUGACCAAUCUAGAGGGAUUGAGGAUAUUUCUGAAGAUGAGAUGCCACUGGAAGAAAAACCUAUACAUAAUAUAUCUGAAGAUGAAAGUGUUCCAGUUCCGUCAAAGCCAGAAGAUUCCUCCUCGGAGGAGGAAAUGGCGGCUCCAGUUAAAGACAUGAUGGAGUUUUCUGAUGAGGAGGAUGAAGAUAAUAUGGCAUUGUCAAAGGCAGACAUGGAGUUUUCAGAAGAGGAGGAGGUAAUUAAUGAGCGUAAAAAUGUAGAGACCACAAAUGCCUCUAAAAAUGUAAUGGAUUUUUCUGAAGAGGAGGAAACUACAAAUGCAUCAAGAAAUGUGAUGGAGUUUUCAGAAGAGGAAGAAACCCCGGGUUUAUCAAAGGACAUUAUGGAGUUUUCAGAAGAGGAUGACGACGAUGAUGAUGCAGCCCCUGCAAUUUCAAAGAGUAUUAUGGAGUUUUCAGAAGAGGAGGACAUUUCUCCUCAAUCAAAAGAUAUGCCCAAAUAUUUAGAGGGUAACUCAACGCCAACUCAAUCAAAAGACUCUGAGUAUGCUGAAGAUGCUGAUGCAUCUGUGUUCAAGGGCUCAUCACCGUUUUCAGAAGAUGAAACGCUAGAUGAAUGUACUUCAGUACGUCCAAGGGACUUGGUAGAUAAAUCUAAGAGUCUCACAGAUACAGCACACUUGUCAGGAGCUGCACAUUUUUCAGAGUUUGCAGGUACUCCAUCAUGGUCCAAAGAUGGACUUGACACUUCUGACUCUGGGGACGUUUCUCUAAGUGCUCCAGACACUUUGGAAGUAUCUGAUGAUAAAGAUAGUUAUCUGAAAGAUGAGGAAAUAAUGCAACACGUCAAACGUGUUAAAGCAAGGUAUCAGUGCAUGCUGUGUGACUAUAGGCCUUUGAAAAAAGGGCCUAUUGUGCACCAUUUGAUCACCAGACAUAACAUGCCUAGCCCUUUUGUAUGUAAAACAUGUGGGGAGACCUUUGUAGUGGAGACCCAUCUGAAAACCCAUCUAUCUUCCCACACAAAAGGUUUGUAUAAAUGUCAUCGUUGUAAUUUUCAAACUGAUCAUCCAAGGGGUUUUAAAAAACACCAGACACAUUGUGAGAGAUGCCACAAAGAUGAUUCAAGUAAGCCUGUUGUGGGCUUCCAGGAAGAAGACCAUGAAGAGCCAUGACUUCAUUAAACUUUGGCUAGACUUUGACAUUUCAUUCUGAACUAGGAAAUAGAGGUGCCCAAUUUCUUCUGAAAUUACCAGACCCUUACUUGGCUUAGAGAAGAAGAAUUUUAGAUGGUGUACAGGUUAGGCUACUUUCGCAUUACAUUUUUUGCGGAUCUGUCAUGGAUCUGCAAAAAAACGCUUAACUUACCAGAAUACAACCGCAUGCAUCAUACUUGAACGGAUCCGUCUGUGCAGAUCCAUGACUAAUCCGCACCAAACGCGAGUAUGAAAGUAGCCUAAGCAGUGAUGUUGCCUACACAGUGGUCAGGUGGCCUUUUGUGGGUAUUACUUGCAGUUCGCUGAACUCAACGUUGAUGCAGUGCUCAAAAUGGUUGAGUAGGUAUGUUGUAUACUGAAGAUCUAUUUCACUUCUUAAGGCCUCUUU